UGACAAUUCGAUCUACCUCAGACAGGCAGUACCUUGAAUAUUGGCGAUAUAUCGCGACCGGAAAUUACUGCAAAGUCAUGUCAUGUCAUGCCAGGGGGCCGCUAUGUGUAGCAUCAGAAAAUGGCGGGGGUUUUUACGGAUGGUAGUGCAUCAUCGAUAAUACCUAAGUUUUCACGCUCUUCAAACGACUUGGCUCAAACACUCUAUCUGAGGCUUUUUUUUAUCAACACGCCCUUCAUACGAAUAUUGAAAUGUUGUUAUCGCGCCCUUCCUCUUACAUCUGAGAAAUCAGGCGUCCCGUACAACUCCUGCGAUCUGCCACCUCGAGGAUAUAAAAACUACCCCGCCACACAACAAGAACACAAAGAGCACACCGGAUCGCAGCACAGAUGGAUCCAACAAUCUCCACACCGCGGCUAAAUUUGACGUUGAUCACGACGGUAGAAAGAGGGAGCCCAGAGCUUGCAUGGCUCCAUGAAUUACGAAGUGACGUGGAAUCUACGUGGUGGAGCAUCAACGGCAACUCAAAAUCCCUAGAAGACACAGAGAAAUUCGCAAACACAUGUCUUCCGGCAGACGAGGACUACAUAAUCGCAUAUGCAGUCCAUGAGAUUCUCCCGCCAACUUCUGAUUCUCAAGAUCAGACGACACAGUUCAUUGGCCUGGUGACCCUCAAGGCUUGUGGACCUGGCAGUCUGCCCUUACCGGAAGAUCUCACGCUCCCAGCUUCUGCCGCGGCGACGACUUUGACCACCGAGCUUGUGUAUCAAUUCUUACCUAAAGGGUGGGGUAAAGGUUAUGCGACUGAGGCGGUGAAUGCGGUGUUUGAGGCGGGUAGGACGAACAAGUCGUUCUGGGCGCCAUACGAGAAGGUAUACGUAAGAGCUAUUGUGAACGACGAGAACCUGGCAAGUCGGAGGGUCAUGGCAAAGGUAGCCAUGAAGGACAGGGGCAUCUAUGAGUGGACUGGGGGACCGGUUUGGCUGACUGGACGGUGGAUAGAACGGAGCGAUAUUCACGUUAUGGGUAUGCAUUUGUUGGAGUAAACAAGCGAGGCUAUUGAUGGUCGUUGCCUCACGUUCGUGGCCAGCGUCAACCCAAGGAGAUAUGACAAUAGAGAGUUAAUUUAGACCAUGUAGUGAAGUAUCGAUACCUGCCCAUUUUCAAUU